UUCUUCUAAUCAAGAACCCUAAAUCCCUCCGUAUUCUACUUGGGCAAUUUCAAAGGUACGCUUUCAUUAUUCGAUUUCAUCUAGAUCUUGAACAAUAAUCUGAUGUAUGUGUUCUUUUUUCUAUCAAAUUGGUUAGAGUAACUGAAUCGGUAGAUUGAUUUACGACCUAGGGUUUAUGAAGUGUGCGAUUUGUUCGCCUUUUAGAUCAAAAUUGUUGAUUAUGUAUUUUAUAAUUUGAUUUCUCUUAACGAUUGGAUGUUAUAAACGUCCGUGAGCUUGAAUUGGAUGUUCUGAUGCAAGAAUUGGAUGUUAUAAACGUCCGUGAGCUUGAAGAUUUCCUGAUCAAUGAGUGCAUGUAUGUGGGUAUUGUCAGGGCCAAACUGGAUCAGUUGCGAAGAUGUUUUCAGGUUCAAUUUGCAGCCGGGAGGGAUCUAAGGCCUGGACAAUUGGGGAGUAUGAUACAUACAUUAUCAAACUGGUUAAGUACAUCAGAUAAUCUACUCAACACAAUUCAAGAUAAGAUAAAAUGGGCUGACACAGUGAGUGAGCUGGACAAGAAGCAUAAAAAAGAAGCCGAAGAGAGAAUGGAGGAAGUGAAAAAGACACUCUCCCUCAAGGCAGACGUUGACUUUCGAGGCCCUGAGGAGAUGUUCCCCGAACCAAGUGGAGUGAUGGAUUAUGUUGAAGACCGAAGCCGACCUAAGAGGAGGCGCCACCCGUUGGGUUAAAGAGGACCAGAGAGCAAUCAGUCUUUUGGGAUGGGGAUUGUUGCACAGGCUAGCUAGAUUUCUCAACAUAUGUUGCACAUGAAUUUAAAAAUUGUUGAUUAUGUAUUUUAUAAUUCGAUUUCUCUUAACGAUUUUGUUUUAUCGUAUUCAUCCUAUUUUGUUGCCAACGAAAAAAGGUAAGGUUAAGUCUUUUGACUCUUUGUUGUUCAAGAUUUUGAAUCUUUAGAAUACCCUUUUGUGUUUCUGGUAAUUGGAUGAGUUUUUGAACUUAGGUUUUGGGAGUAGUGUGAUUUUUUUAUAGUGGUGAUUCAAUAAAAUUUUGAACUUUGGUUUUGAGGGUUUUGGUGAUUUGAUUUGAGAUGAGGGCUACGUUUGUUUGAUUACUUGAAAUCUUGAAUACAAUUGAUGAAUGAAAAUGUUGUUUAAAGAAAUUGUUUUGGGUUUUGAGGAUUCUUGAUAUGUUUAAGAAAUAAGAACCUGGUGCCAUCAAUGACUCAGAUCAUUGGAACUUUCUGGUAACACAUCCUAUCAUUACUGUUCCUCAUUUCAUCAUUUUUUUCAUAGCGUGUUUCAAUUUAAUCAAGUAUUUGUACAAAUACACCGCCUAGGGUUUAGUUUAGUUUUAUCGGAUUUUUAGUUUUUUUUCUUAAUCUUGAUUAGUACAGAGAUAUUAUGAGAACGGUACUGGUAAAUUUCUUAAUCCUAUCAUUAGUUU